AUGACGUUUCGAAAUGUGUUCGCGAUUUUCAUUCUGACGUACGCUUUCGCGGAAGUGUCGUCAUGGACGAUCGAUUUGCCGGAAGUGAGAAAGUUUUUGUUCGAGAAACACGAGCAUUCUAAGAAAUAUCACGGGCAUGAAAAAGUAGAUUAUUCGCCUCAAGAUAGGAAGUUUUAUAGUAAUAUCGAAGGGAAUAGUAAGCAUCAUGAGGAAGAUCGGAAACAUAAAAGUCACCAUCAUGACCAUGGCUACGAGAAUGAAUAUGAUCAUCAUUCCUACAUGGAGAAAAAAGUUUAUGACAUCGUACGCGACGGCAGCUCGUAUCUAGAGGGGCUGCAGAAGUCCUUGGAAGAUUACAGCUCGCAGCUGAAAGGCUGUCAGGAGAACAAUAAUACUAAUUGGGAAUCAAACACCUCAUCUCCGAUCAGCUUACCAUCUUCAAGCAACAGCUCAUCUGCUCCAACCAACGGGUCCAUGCCAAUUCUGAACUUUAACAACUAUGACAACGCUCCCGUACCUUCACGACCCAGGUAUCCUUCGGAGUCCAGGGGCUAUAUCCUGAACAGUCGUAGAAAGAUGUCUUGUGAAGAAGUGACGGAUUCCAGUGAGCAUAUUAGAAGAUUUGCAUCCUUGGCCCUGGAUGCUACACGGCGGUUGCAAGACUUUGCUUAUGCUAAGAAGUAUCAGAAGACAGAUGAACAGGAAGAGAAUGAGCUGAUCCUCAAGUUGGCGUGGUUCCUCGACCGGCUGGCGUACCUCAGCGGCUACGAGCCAGACAUCGAGCAUUCUGAACCUUCUUCCACUAGAUCUCCAACCACCGAGAUCCCCUCACCCCAAACCCUGGUCCCUUCAUCGGAGGAGCUGAACAAACAGUUCAGAGAAUGUAUACAGAUGAACUCCUCGGAGCCAGCGACGGAGCGCUGUCGGUACCCGCUGGAAAUACCUGAGAUGGUACAGCAGAUGUUGAAUAUUAGUGGUACUACCUCUUCGCCUUCGUCAUCGUCUCAAUCUGGCUCCAUGACUCCUGACAGCGUACCAGCACAAUCAUCAGAAAUCCUCAUAACAUCAGCCAAUUCUUCUCCGAGCGAAACUUUCCCUCAAAAAUCUACAAAAACUAAAAGAUCUACAGACUACACUUACUAUUUUCCGACGAAGCCAUUACACGAAGUAACAUAUCCAGUACCUCUAGUUAAAUUAAUAAAACAUAGACUAUCUAACAUAAAGUCGGUAGUAAAAACAAUUGUUGAAAAACGUUUGCAACAUUUGGCCGAAAAGAAAGAAGAAAAACACCAUUACGAAAAACAUUUUGACAAACGUUCGAUAUCUGACAGUGACAGUCAACUGUCAAAUCAUAUACAAAUGUCAAAUAAUCCGAAGGCAGCUGUCAAAUCGGUUGAAAAACGACCGUUCGAAAGUGAAACUAUAAUUCAUUAUCCUAUUUCUGAUGUGUCGGUUAUAAAUACAAAAUCUUUCAAAAAACGGUCGAUUGAUGACAGCAAAACCACAUCCAAUCAUAUCAACAGACUAUCACAUUCGAAAUCAUUUAUAAAAAAAUCCCCAAUCACCCGAAAAAAGUUCGAAAACCUUCGUCUAUUCACGAAAAUGACUAAAGAUUUGAAAAAUACGGAUCCUAAAAUCAGAUCUUUAAAAAGACGAUACACGGAAGACCCAUUAUCAAAACUAGCGAACUACUACAUAAAAUACAAAGUCUGGGACAACUCCAAUCCAAUUAAAAAGAGUUUUAGCAAAAAACCUGCCGUUUUCGAAGUAAAAAACUCGAUAACCGAACCAAAAUCGGUUCAAAAACGGUCCCUUUUCAACAAGAAAUCUGUCCAUAUACACAUACCGAAACCGAUCCAAGUUGUCCGCACUUAUAUAAACACACGCCGACCACAUCACGAGAAAUCCAAAUUGCUGUCUCACCUUCACAAAAUACACGAAUUGAAACACAAAAAAACUGAAAAAGUACAUAAAAUUAUCAAAAGAUCUGUCCAUUAUCAACGUAUGUAUUUACCAAGGGUCUCUAAGGACCCCCAGGGGGAUAUAAGUUACUAUGUAAAGAAUAAAGCAGGGACGAAUAUCAAUCCUGAUUCAGUGCAGGCAGCUCAGAUGAGAGCCGGGUUAGAAUUGGCGUUUCAGACGGGAAAUAUCGAAGUUGUAAGGAGAUAUGGUGCUAAUUAUAACCCUUUGAAUCCUAAUCCGCUUUAUGUUGGUAUUAUUGGAUCUUAUGCUGAUUCUUAAGUUUAAAUUUUUAGUAUAAUAUGCAAGCUUUUUCACUGAAUCAAAUAUAAUGUUUUUACGUCAAUAUCGAAAACUUGUCUAAACUACUUUCGUACUACUUAUAACUUUCGUCAAAUAAUAUUGCAGCUCCGAAGUUAGCUACUAGUGACUGCACGAUAAUCAAAAUAUCAAUGGCUGACUUUAGAUGACUUAUUUGUCCAGAAAAUAUUAUGAUAUAAUUUAUUCUUAUUCUUAAAUAUACCUACAGACACAAAGUUAUACAAUCUGUCAAACUUUAAUAGAUUUUCAACUUUAUUUUAAAGUAUUUAAGGUUCAGUGUUGAUUAGGGUUUUACGUCAUAACGCCUGUACAGCUUCAAAAGUAGCAGAAUAAAACAUUUUUUUUUAAUCAUCGAUAUCUUACCAGAGUAUUCAUCUACUUUUACUCACAUUCAACAAGUUUAGGAUGUUAAGUAAAUUUUGGCGUGAGUUGUUAAGAAACUAUGACCGUUUACCUUACUAGGGUGUUAUUAGACCAAUCGACGAAUCGAUCAAUCGUCGAUCGACGACAUCGAUCGAUGGCAGAAUGGAUUAGUAGACGCCGCCGUCACGUCACCCGCUAUUUCGCUAUACCGAUGCCGUCGAUCGACGAUUGAUCGAUUGGUCUAAUAACACCUUUAGGCACUUUUGAAAAUUUUAAUUUGUUCAGUAACUUUUGACGCUGACUGUACUUCUGCGAUAAAUAAUUUUCGUAUAUAUAAUAUUUAUAUGUUUGGGAUACUAAAAUAAAACGAAAUAUUUCAUAUAA